CCGUCUGAGACGUUCUGUAUGGUCACACUGGAACGUCUACGCUUUGUAUUGAAAGAGAAAGAGAAAGAGCUUGAUGACCGAAGAGUCCAGUUGGUCGAUCAAUUUAAGUCUGUUUUUGUGUGAUGGUACUCGAGUGCUAUCACGUUGUUGUAGAUGCAGCAAUCGUGGAGGCAUACAAACAGACUGCAUGUUUGUAUACUCUGAUUGAUGUUGCUGAUCUCCUGAUCAAUUGCAGUUUUCAUGCAGCAACAGAUCGGUUUACGUCAAUUCAACAGCAGCAGCGCGAUGUUGUUGGCAAUUCUCUGGAUGGUCUCGCUCAGUCUUUGCUUGCGAAUCAGUGUGCUCUCGAAGAGCAGAAGAUAACACAUCCGAAAAUUGCUAUGUUGGUUGACAUGGCAACCAAGAUAGUAAAGAACAGGGAUAAAGAAAGUAUGAAGGCUCUAUUUGUUGUAUCACGAAAUGGCGAUGUCUUACUAGACGAGAUAUCUCAGAGUCUCAACAGAGUUGAAGGUUUGCGACUGAAAUUAUUGUAUCCCGGAAAUAACUCUUCAAGUGAUCUAAUGUCAAGUCUGCAGGACUUUGAUUGUGUUGUGACGUCUGUCUCGUGUCUACCGUCUGAUGGUAUUUUGUGUGAUCAGUUUCAACUAAUCGUACGAUACGAAAACGAUGAUUCUCUCGUUUUCGAUCUCGUUGGCCAACAAGUAUCAUCGAGUUGUGUCAACUGCAAGCUGCUCGUUCUCAACGUCGUCGGCUUCUCUCUCCAGCAAGGAGUGACAGAACUCGAUGGAAGGGACGGCGAUUGGAACCGGCAACAGAUGACUUUCAUCGGAUCAACUAAAGUUGUUGAAGACACGGAUUUGUUGCAGCUUUUGGAAGCAAGAUACAACAUCGUUGUGGUUGUUCGGAAUUUUAACGAGUUGGAAGAUUCUUCGGGUCGACAGUAUUUCGCAGACGUUAUUGUCGAUGAACGCACGGGCAUCGUUCUCGUGGAACAGUCAGACCUAUCCCUGCCUACGUUUCUCAAAUCGCUACGGCAACGGACAACGUUUCUCUCUUUCAAAUAUGAGACUUGCUGGAUUAUUGUGCGUUCUAAACUCGAUGACGCUCACAGGCAGUCGUUCGGAGAUUGUUGCAGUAGGAAUAUUGCGAGACUACUGGCGUCGAGCGCUCACUUCUCUCCGGAGGAGAACGGGUUCGAGAUGCGACUGGCGUACGCUUUCGGAAACGACGAGACGGCGAGAAUCGUGAGAGAGAUCGGCGAGUUGGCGUAUGAGGACACAAGAGUAUGGCAGAAAUCUCAAUGGAUACAGAGAUCAUGGCUGACAGAACAAAUGAGUCUUCACGAGAAAUUUCUUAUAUCUAUUCCAAGUAUUAAUUCAUUGAGUGCUCAAGUUAUGUUGACAGCAGCUCCGUUACGAGACCUGCUCUCAAUGUCUAGAGAGGAGCUCUUCUCGACAUGCCGUUGGCUGCCGGUUAGAGUCCUCGAGCGUUUUUAUGAAACAACGCAUUGGGGGCGAAGAACUCUCCUCUCGCCGUCGGAUUCGUUGGUGGACACUCUCCCGCAUCUGAGAUUAGACGUCGAAUCGACAGACCGGUAUGACGAAGAGGCGGAAAGUGAGGCGGCAAUGGUCGAACUGGUCAAUGACAUGUGCACGCCUCCUUCAGUCACCGGUCUCUGUGAACGAACCGACUCGCUGGUAAUGACCGACGACGUUGGAGUCGAUUUCGACUCAGACGUUUCGAUGAUAGAAGAGAGCGUUGAGAGUAGAAACUACAGAGCACAGCAGAGUCGCUGCGUCGGCUUGAAAUCGUUGGGACGGUUCCACGGUGGCAGAACUCGACGUCGACACGCGCGUGACGAUUUUGCUGCUGCUGCUGCUGCUGCUGCAAUGGGGGUGGGUGACAGUCGGAGAGAAGAAAACGAGCGGUAUUGUACUAUGAGACAGUCUAAUAGUCGUGGCUCGUCUGUAAAGUCUUUUUGUCGGGAGGCGUCAUUGCCUAAACGAGUUUGUCCAAGUGGGAUGGAUUGCAGUGUGAGUCAGAGUAGGGAUGAAGCUCACUACACAGGAUGUCUGGAACGAUGCGGUGAGUCGGUGUCGCGGUACGCUGAUGUUGUCACUCGCGGUGACCGUCGAGUCCCGAGCUCCGACCUUUGCGGCGAAUUGGACUCAUACUCAAGUGAGCGGAGCUCGAUUCGCCUGACUGGUCCGUCUACUCUCCCACCUUGGUGAGUCCGGGAAGCUCUCACAGUGGCAAGAGACUCGUGUACAGAAGGGUACCGGGAUCAGUGGACGGUCAGACGAAGUUAGCAUUUUCGUAGUUGGCUAGAGCGAGCGUACGAAAUCAGCACAACUUUCUCUACCUCACCCACACAUUUAUACGGAAAAAAAUUGUAGUUAGUCACGUGGUCUUGAUGCCC